CCGCCCCUCCCGGCUCCGCCCGGAGGCGGUGCCAGCCCAGGCCCCGCCCCUGGGAGGGCGCUUCCGGCACAGCGGAACUCCGGGUGCCGGUUGAGGUUGCUGGUGGACCUGCUCUGGUGGUCUUGGAUGAGGCCCCAUGAGCGCGGCGCCCCUGGUGGGCUACAGCAGCAGCGGCUCCGAGGAUGAGUCCGAGGACGGGAUGCGGACCAGGCCGGGGGAUGGGAGCCACCGUCGUGGCCACAGCCCCCUUCCCAGGCAGAGAUUUCCAGUACCUGACAGUGUGCUGAACAUGUUCCCGGGCACCGAGGAGGGGCCUGAAGAUGACAGCACAAAACACGGGGGACGGGUGCGCACCUUCCCCCACGAGCGAGGCAACUGGGCCACCCACGUCUAUGUACCAUAUGAAGCCAAGGAGGAGUUCCUGGAUCUGCUUGAUGUGUUGCUGCCCCAUGCCCAGACAUAUGUCCCCCGGCUGGUAAGGAUGGAGGCGUUCCACCUCAGCCUGUCCCAGAGUGUGGUUCUGCGCCACCACUGGAUCCUCCCCUUCGUGCAGGCUCUGAAAGCCCGUAUGACCUCCUUCCACAGAUUCUUCUUUACUGCCAACCAGGUAAAGAUUUACACCAAUCAAGAGAAAACCAGGACCUUUAUUGGGCUUGAGGUCACUUCAGGGCAUGCCCAGUUCCUGGACCUGGUUUCAGAGGUGGACAGAGUCAUGGAGGAAUUCAACCUCACCACUUUCUACCAGGAUCCUUCUUUCCACCUCAGCCUGGCCUGGUGUGUGGGUGAUGCACGUCUCCAGCUGGAGGGGCAGUGCCUGCAGGAACUACAGGCAAUCGUGGAUGGGUUUGAAGAUGCUGAGGUGCUGCUGCGCGUGCACACUGAGCAAGUCCGCUGCAAGUCUGGGAACAAGUUCUUCUCGAUGCCUUUGAAGUGAGCACCAGAGGCCUUCCUCCUCCAGGGCCCUCUGCAAACCAGGCUGAGAUGGAGGAACCUGCUAAAAUCGAUGGAGAUGCUUCUAGCCUCCCAGUAGGAGGCCCCAGCCAUGCCUUCAACCUGGCAGGAGGUGUAGCCACUCCUCAUCCUCCCUGAGUGCUGAUAUUCUCUCUCUCUCUCUUUCUCUUCCUCUUCUUUCUCUCUCUUCUCCUCUCUUUCUCUCCUCUCUUCCUCUCCUCUCUCUUCCUCUCUUCUCUCUUCCUCUCCUCUCCUCUCUUCCCCUCCUGUCUCUCCUCCCCUCCUCUCUCUCUUCCUCUCCUCUCUCUUCCUCUCCUCUCUCUCUUCCUCUCCUCUCUCUACCCCUCCUGUCUCUCCUCCCCUCCUCUCUUCCUCUCCUCUCUCUCUUCCUCUCCUCUCUUCCCUUCCUGUCUCUCUUCCCCUCCUCUCUCUCUUCCUGUCCUCUAUCUCUUCCCCUCCUCUAUCUCUUCCUCUCCUCUCUCUCUUCCUCUCCUCUCUCUCUUCCUCUCCUCUCUCUCUUCCUCUCCUCUCUCUCUUCCUCUCCUCUCUCUCUCUCCCUUUCUUCUCUCUCUCCUGUCUCGGCUGUUGUGGGUUGCAGGUUGGGCGCUGCUGUUGUGGUCCUUCCCAGAAACUGCCAGUAGAGGGCAGCCUGGGCAUCCUAAUGCUUACUCUGGUUGUUACACAAAGAAAAUAUUGGGGUCACUGGCGAGCCCACCCACACUCACCAGAAUCUCCACCGUAGUCCCCCUAACAAACAGCCCUUCACUUCCUCUCCCACUUCAGCAAUUUGUAUUUUGAUGCCAUUGGCCUCAGAUCAGAGUGUUUUAAAUCAUCACGCCCUGGCUUAUCCCUGGUCAAGCCAGGACACGGGGUGCUUCAGUGGGUCUGUCACCCUCUCUCCUUGAAGCAUGUUGCUUUUAUUUAUUUACUUUUACUCUCACCCUGCUCCUGUACCAGCAGGGGCCACUUCAAAGCCAAGGUACAGGGUGAUAACUUGUGGUCCAGCAUCAGUUUUCUCCACUUCUUUCUCCCACUCACCCCCAGCAAGGUGCCUGGGGAGACUUGAGCAGAUGUUUCAUUUUGGCCUGGCCAGUGGCUGAAAGCCAGGCCUCCAAUGCACUGUGACCUCUGGCUUCCCCAGCAGCUUUCCCAGAGAGGCAGAGGGGCCUUCCACAGCCCGGGUUCUCCUGCUGCCUCCUGCCUGCUGCAGCUGCAGGCAUUCUGAGGGGCAACGUGGAGGAAGGGCCAGGGAUGCAUGGGAUUUUAAUUUUUUCAUCACACCUUCCCCGUGGCAAAGAAACAGUCAGUCCUCUUCAGGUGUCUUCUGGAUUUCUGGUGAUGGACAGAGAAAUCUUUUUACAGUUUUAAAUUAUGUUCAACAAAUAAAAAUUGCAUUUUUUAUUUUGGA